UGCGUUUACAUACCCAACUGAUCCAAAUCUGCAACAAAAGCAGCAAAGGCAUCGUCACGCAAGAAACUACAAUUUAAUUCAGCAAAGGCAUACGUCAACAACUUCCCCACCUUCUUUUCCUCGAUCUCCCACGAGACCCUCACCUUCUCCACCACCCCAAAAUGGAAAAGCAACAACCUACACAGCCUCAGCCUCACCACGACUUCAUUUUCCGUUCCAAACUCCCCGACAUUUACAUCCCAACGCACCUCCCUCUCCACACUUACCUUUUCCAAAACCUCUCACAAUUCAAAGACCUUCCAUGCCUCAUCAAUGCCGCCACCGGCGAGACUUUCACCUACGCCGCCGUCGAACUCACCGCCCGCAAAGUUGCCUCCGGUUUCAACAAACUCGGCAUCCAAAAAGGCGACGUCAUCCUCCUUCUCCUCCAGAACUGCCCCCAAUUCGUCUUCGCAUUCCUCGGCGCCUCCUACCGCGGUGCCACCGUCACCGCCGCCAAUCCUUUCUACACUCCGGCGGAGGUAGCGAAACAAGCCACAGCGUCCAACUCCAAACUCAUCAUAACGCAAGCAUCUUACGUGGAUAAAGUAAAGGAUUUUGCGAGAGAAAACGACGUCAAAGUGAUAUGCGUUGACUCGGCGCCGGAUGGUUACCUUCACUUCUCGGUGUUAACGGAGGCCGACGAGGGAGACAUUCCCGCCGUUAAAAUAUCUCAAGAUGACGUGGUUGCGCUGCCGUACUCGUCUGGCACGACGGGGCUUCCGAAGGGAGUGAUGCUAACGCACAAGGGACUCGUUACGAGCGUGGCUCAACAGGUUGACGGAGAGAACCCUAAUUUGUACUUUCGCAGCGACGAUGUGGUAGUGUGUGUUCUGCCACUUUUCCACAUUUAUUCGCUCAACUCUGUUUUGCUGUGUUCGCUUCGAGUUGGGGCUGCCGUUUUGAUCGUUCCGAAGUUUGAGAUAGUUGCGUUGCUGGAGUUGGUGCAGAAACACAAUGUGAGCGUCGCGCCGUUUGUGCCGCCAAUCGUUUUGGCCAUUGCUAAGAGUCCUGAUGUGGAGCGAUACGACGUGUCGUCGAUUCGGAUGAUCAUGUCUGGCGCGGCACCCAUGGGAAAGGAACUUGAGGAUUCUGUGAGGGCUAAGCUUCCCAACGCCACACUUGGACAGGGUUAUGGGAUGACGGAGGCAGGACCAGUGCUAUCAAUGUGCUUAGCGUUUGCGAAGGAGCCAAUGCAGGUCAAAUCAGGUGCCUGCGGGACCGUCGUAAGAAAUGCGGAGAUGAAAAUUAUUGAUCCUGAUACUGGCGCUUCGCUUCAUAGGAAUCAAGCUGGUGAGAUUUGCAUUAGAGGCAACCAGAUCAUGAAAGGUUACCUAAAUGAUCAAGAGGCCACAGAAAGAACUAUAGACAAAGGAGGAUGGUUGCACACAGGUGAUAUUGGAUACAUAGAUGAUAAUGAUGAGCUCUUCAUCGUUGACCGGUUAAAGGAGUUGAUUAAAUAUAAAGGAUUUCAAGUGGCUCCAGCUGAGCUCGAAGCCAUGCUAGUUGCUCAUCCUAACAUCUCUGAUGCUGCCGUUGUAUCAAUGAAGGAUGAAGUUGCAGGAGAGGUUCCAGUUGCAUUUGUUGUACGAUCAAAUGGUUCAAUGAUUUCUGAGGAUGAAAUAAAGCAAUACAUCUCAAAGCAGGUUGUAUUUUACAAAAGAAUUAGUAGAGUUUUCUUUGUGGGCUCAAUUCCAAAGGCACCCUCUGGAAAGAUCUUUCGAAAAGACCUCAGGGCCUGGCUUGCAACCGAUCUUGCUAUUUAGGCUUUAAUUUAAAUGUUUUAUUAUAAGGUCACCCACCUUCGGUGUAAAUAUGAGGGCCCAACCCAACUAAGUCACCAUUUUUGUACUAAAUGGUGCCCCGCUAAGCAGGAGAGAAAAGACAUUUCAUACUAUUAAUGUGUUUUUUUGAAUUGAAAGACCCAAAAAUCCUGCUUUUGUUGUAUUAUUUUGUUCUUUUGUUUGAAACCCAAAUGUUCAAAUGAAGCAUAUAUAGAACUUCCAUGGAAUA